UAAAGUUUGUCUUCUGAGAUAAGUUGCAAGGUGUUUUUUAUUUUUUAUUUGACAAUGGCACUCGGGCACAGUACACAUGAGUUUCAAGCUUUAGACUGGAAAUACUGGCGCUAAGAAAAGUUGUUUCACUCGUCUUGAGCUGCUUGUAGAGGGCAGAACAAUGAAUAAUCAGUCGAUGACCGGGAGGACCAUGGUGCCGACCAUUCCGUCUGUUAUGUUUAUUUUCGGGGUGGUUGGGAAUGUCAUCGCCAUCGUGGUUCUCUGCAAGUCCCGCAAAGAGCAGAAGGAAACCACGUUCUACACGCUGGUGUGUGGACUGGCGGUCACGGACCUGCUGGGCACGCUGCUGGCCAGUCCGGUCACCAUCGCCAUCUAUGUGAAAGGAUCGUGGCCCGGGGACGACCCGCUGUGCCAGUACUUUGGAUUCACGAUGCUGUUCUUCUCUCUGGCGGGACUCAGCAUCAUAUGUGCCAUGUCGGUGGAGCGAUACAUCGCUAUAAACCAUGCGUACUUCUACAAUGAUUAUGUGGACCAGAGACUGGCGGGUUUAACUCUGCUAACGAUCUACAUCUCCAACGCGCUUUUCUGCGCUCUGCCGAUCAUGGGCUUCGGACAGGUGAAGAAACAAUACCCGCAAACCUGGUGUUUUCUAGAGUGGAGGAGCAACAAGACCAGCGAUGCAGCCUACUCCUACAUGUAUGCAGGUUUCAGCUCGCUCCUGAUUCUCGCCACUGUCAUUUGUAACGUGCUGGUGUGUGUGGCUUUGAUAAGGAUGCAUCGGCGCUUCGUGCGCAGAAUGUCGCUGGGAACCGACAUGGGGCGCAACGUGGACCCGCUGAGGAGAGGACGCAGCUUCGGGCGUCUGGCCGGUGCAGAGAUUCAGAUGGUCAUUCUGCUAAUAGGCACAUCGGCAGUGGUGCUCAUCUGCUCCAUCCCCCUUGUUGCGCAGGUGUUUUUGAACCAGCUCUACAAAACCCCAGUUGAGUUGAACUUGGAGAAAAACCCAGAUCUAAGAGCGAUACGCUUCGCCUCCUUCAACCCUAUCCUGGACCCCUGGAUCUACAUCCUGCUGCGAAAGGCUGUUCUCCUCAAACUCAUUGAGAAAAUCAAGUGUCUGUUUUGCAAAAUGGAAGCAAGGGGGCAACAAAGACAGGGAAACUUCCCCUGUAUUGAUGCUCAUCAGCUCUCCUCGGUCUCCCACCGAGACUCUAUGCGAGAUGUCAACAGCACCUCCCAGACCUUCCUCUACUUGCCAGAGGGAUGUGAGGUGUACCCUGGAAGCUGUCAUAAAACAGACAGACUCUCUGGCUCUCGACCGUCCUCGGGCAGAAACUCACAAGCUUCUUUAUCCUCUGAGCAGGGCAGCAUUGAAGCUCAGAGCAGAGAAGGGACAGAUGUAAUCAGGGACCUUUCAGACUUGCCGUGUCCAAAAGAUCCUGCAAUCCAGAUGUCACUGAAGUCUGAGACAGCGGAGGAGAAAUGCAUCUGAACUAACUGAAUCAGGAGAAAGUUCUUGGAUCGCUCACAGGUAGAUCAUCUACUGAAUUACUCCUCAGUAAAUUAACUUUGAAAACCCUGAAGAACGGGGUUGGCACAUAAAAAUAACGAAUGACUCCUUGCAUGAAGUCGGACACAUGCUGCGAGAAAGCGAAGGAGAAACUUGAGGUGCCGAGAGCUUCGUCAUCUCGUUUCUGCACCCAGCUACCUCAGGGAUGGCUAUCUGUGACUGUGGGAACAGAUCUGGUCAUUUUGCCCAAUACAGCAGUUAUCAAAGCAGAGAUGACCCACUUCUUCAUGGCUCAAGUAUCCGCGGGUGAAAAGCUAUCCCUCCUAAUUUCAGCUACUUUGUUCAAUCGUUGUGGAAACCAUUACAGUAAAGUGGAUGGGGCCAGUAAUUUAGAAUAAUUGAGUCACAAGAUUGUGGUCGAUAUGGUAAAUGAAAACAGUGCUGAAUGUGGUCCUUAUGAGUAAUCACUGGCACAUGUGAUGCCAUUGUUAGGGUCGGGUUGUUUAACAAACUCCAUUGUACAGUGCUUUUUGAAGGCGGUAUCGUGUGAGUUCUAUGACUAAUGUACAGUGCAGUAUUAUAAUGUGGUGAAUACCAGUGUUUUUCUUCCUCUGUCCUGGAAUACACACAAAUAUGUCAUCUCAAAUUAAGAAAACAUUCUUUUCCAUCAUACGGUCGGGGGGGGG